GGAACCUUCGCCUUUUCCCUCUGUGGGUUGUUAUGGACCAGCAAUUGGGUAGGAGUGCCUGGAGCAGGACGGGUUCUUCCCAGCCAGUGACUCAUCUCGAGCAUGCUUCAAUGUGGUCUGUUGCAUAAAGAGUCGUCCAGCAUAUCCGCAAUCGGACGAGAAUUACAUUCAUCGCGGUCCAAUACCCGAAAUAUACAAUGGCAAGAUGACCAAAAGACCCAAAAUAUCCAAUGGCGAUAUCACCAAAAUCCGGGAAUUCCCCUGGAUGGCCAUGUUACUGUAUGGAGAUCCCCUUCUGCCCAAGUGCGGUGGCUCCCUGGAGGGCAAGAAAUGGGUACUGACCGUGGCCCAUUGUUUUCCAAGCGAGGAUUACGGCGAUCAACUUCGUAUUGUUCGUCUGGGAGUAUGA